AUGCUGUCUCAUCGCCUCUCAUCCAUGACGUCGCGCGCCGCCUCGACUUCGCGGGGCAUACGUCUUGCGCGCAGCUCGUUCUCGACUACUCCAUCGAGGCACUCUUACGAAGACACGAUCCAAAACCUGAAAAUUGGCCGGCAUACGCGAGUCAUCUUCCAGGGUUUUACCGGCCGCCAGGCCACAGCCAAUGCCAAAGAGUCUCUCGCGUGGGGCACUAAUAUCGUCGGGGGUGUCAAGCCAGGAAGCGAAGGAGAGCAUCUGGGGCUCCCGGUUCUCCCAAGCGUGCGGGCAGCGCAGGAGAAAUUGAAGCCGGAUGCCACCGGCAUCUACGUCGCGGCACAUCAGGCGGCACCGGCCAUUGAGGAGGCCAUUGAGGCCGAAAUCCCGCUGAUUGUGGCCGUUGCUGAGCAUAUUCCUUUACACGAUAUCUUGAGGAUACAUUCUAUGCUCAAGACUCAGUCCAAGUCGCGACUCGUGGGUGCCAAUGCUCCAGGCAUCAUCUCAGCCAUCGGAAACUGCCGAAUUGGGUUCCAGCCGCUGCCCUGCUUUGCUCCAGGCCACGUCGGUGUGGUUGCAAAGUCAGGAACCCUGAGCUAUGAGACUGUUGCCUCUCUCACCCGUGCGGGACUCGGCCAGAGUCUUUGCAUUUCCAUGGGUGGUGACGUCAUUGCGGGCACCAAUUUCGUCGACGCACUCAACGUGUUCGAGCAUGACCCGGAGACCGAAGCAAUCAUCGUGGUCGGUGAAGUCGGCGGCCGCGCCGAGGAGGAGGCGGCAGAGUGGAUUAAGGACUACAGAAAGCGCACCGCCAAGCCAAAACCAAUCGCUGCCCUUGUUGGCGGUAAGCUUGCCCCAGCCGACCGGGUGAUGGGACAUGCAGGUGCCUGGCCCGCUCCUGGAGAGAAUCUGGCAGAAGUCAAGGCCCAACUCCUUGAGAAUGCUGGUGCGGUAAUGGUGGAUCAUCCAGCCAAAUUCGGUAAUGUAAUGAAGGGCCUCCUCGCCGAGAGCGGCAGAGAUGUCCAAAGCAUUCAAUCUUCAGCAUCCAACGCAGCAGCCGGCCAGCGUCGCGGCUAUCACACGUCCCACCGCCCACGAGUACCCACAACCGCACCUUCUCCCACACUCAGUAACCAUCAGAGACGCAGCCUCCACCUGAACGCCUCCCAAUCCUCGUCUCUCCUCUCCGAACAUGGCGUUGAAACCACUCGCGAGGCAAACUCCAACGAAGACCCCCGCUACGUCAGCAUAACCAUCGACCGCAGCGCCCGCUCCCCAGCCUUCGUCGUCUCCCCCUCCACGCACCCCCGCGACAUGUACGCCCGCGCCCGCUACAUCCCAUUCGACUACCGGGCGGGCCCCACGCAAGAAACCCUCACCCGCGCCCUCGAGCAGCUCCACAUGGACGCCGCGCCACCGGGCGCCAAAGCCGCGACGUACAAGCUCCUCCAAACGCUCUGGACGCUCUUCCACACCCUCGAAGGCGUCAGUCUCUCCACCCACCUCGCCGUCGCCGCCUCCCCCACCGCCGACCUCCUCGUCUACAACCCCGCCUUCACCUUCGACGACGCGGCCUUCCGCUCCUGCAACCGGCACGCCGCCCUCCACGCCCUCCGCGACACCACGCCCAGCGCCAUCGACCCGGCCGAGCUCAGCGCCGAGUCCGACGGCAUCGUCUACGUCAAGCUCGGCCUGGUGUCCGCCGACCCCUCGGCCCACAACAUCGGCACCCUCGUCAACGGCGCCGGCCUCGCCAUGAACACGGUCGACGCGCUGGCGCUGGCGCCGCACCACGGCGCGGCCGCAAACUUCCUCGACACGGGCGGCAAGGCCACGGCCGCCACCGUCAAGCGCGGCUUCGAGCUGCUCCUCGCCGACCCGCGCGUGCGCGUCGUCUUCGUCAACAUCUUCGGCGGCCUCACCCUGUGCGACAUGAUCGCCGAGGGCAUCCUGCUCGCGUUCCGCGAGCUGCGGCUCCAGGAAAAGGGCGUCCCCGUCGUCGUGAGGCUGCGCGGGACCAACGAGGCCGAGGGCCAGCGCAUCGUGGCCGAGAGCGGGCUGGAGGUGUUUGCUUACGACGGGUUUGACGAGGCCGCGGCCAAGUGUGUGGAGUUGGCGAGGGAGAGGAGUUCAUGA